UUCUCGUAAACGAGAUCCUUAUGUCGUAAACACGAUAUUCGGUUUUCACAGUCUUUUCAUCACAUUAAGAUAGCAUCAAUUCAACUUAACUGGUGCCAAUAAAGUUAUCACAAACGAAAUUAAACCUUCAUUAAUAGACCAACAGUCAGACCAUGUUUCGGGUGCGAGCCUCCGCGGUCCGUCUUCUUGGGAUUGUCAUGCUUUCAAGUAUGUCUACAGAAUCAACCUCCCCAGAGUACCACUACUACAACCAGACCCUGAGCUGGAGCGACGCGCAGAGCUUCUGUCGGGACAAGCACAGCGACCUGGCCACCGUGACCUCCAUGGAGGAGGCCCAGCUCCUGUCUCAGACCGCCGCCGGCCGGGGCGACGCCUGGAUCGGCCUCCGUAACGACGGACCCGCCAGGUGGCUGUGGUCGAACGGAAACGGAGCGCUUUCUAGUUCGUAUUGGUUGGCAGGGGAGCCCAGCUAUUCGGAGUGCAGCACGGAUUGCUGCGCAGAGGUGACUGCAUCGGGCUGGAACGAUCUCAAGUGUACCCGUGUAGGUCAUCUUGUGUGCCGAGGCAAAACGUCGCCGUACUAUUUCCUUCAGCCCCAUACGUGGGGAUGGAGGGAUGCCCUGGAUCAUUGCAGAAGCCUAGAUAUGGACCUGCCCGCUGUCGGAAGCAACCCGACAGUCAUCAAUGCGGAAGGGAUAACCUCCUUCUGGAGCGGCCUCUUCCAGGACCGUUGGGCGUGGUCAGACGAGAGCCCCACCUCCCUCAGGUACUGGAUGGUGGGCAGGCCCGCCAACCUCCAGGGCUGUGCCGUUGUCAGCGUCACGGACCAGGGCCGGUGGUACGAGGAGCAGUGCGAGGCCGAGAUGCCUUUCGUCUGCCAGGGCGGUCUGAAAUCGCGGAGGGUGCUGAUCAAGUUAAAGAUAGAAUCGCAUGGUGACCUCGAUCGCUCAGCCACCAGUGCUCAGCUCCUGCAGCAGCUCGAGGCGCAGUUGAGAAGUCAGGGGAUAUCAGAUUUCAAACUCAGCUGGAAGAGCGACAUCCGUCGUCAGGAUGAGAUAAACGAGAAUCCUGCAGCUGAGAGCCACGGUCCAGGUUCUGAAGAACUCAAAUUGGAUGUUGACUGACUGAAGCAACAGACCAUACGUACACACAUACGCGCACUUGCAUACAUAGCCGACCACAUAUAGAUAAAUAAACACAAAUGCAAAAUAUUUGCAUGUGUGUUUAGAUGAGGAGCUUAUUAUUAUUAUGGACCUUAUUAUCAGAGUGACUGUUAGUUUUUGUGCAUUCCGCGUGAAUUUAUUUGUAGCAACUUAUCAAGUAAUUGUAUAUCAUGACACAAUGUGCAGUUUGUCUCUAGAGCACUGUUUUGAGGGGCUGCUGUAAAAUGUCAGAGUAGUCAAGGGAGAGAGCAAGAUUCGGAAAAUUAACAACCCAAUAAAAUGCCCCUCCCUCUCUGAUCCCUCCCUUUAAUGUUUAAGUAGCGGGUUGAGGUCAGGGGGUAGAGUACUGUCGUAUAAAGUAGCCUGCGGAGCCCUUUGAGACCGGAGCUGUGAUUCAAGAUAUACAAAUCAAAUGGACCUGACUUGGUGUUUGUUCGCAGGAUGAGGAAGAUGUUUCACAAUGCACAAAGACACGAGUGCAGGCCCUGCGUGACAGACAUUGUUCAGUGCUCGUCAAAGAUCUAUGCCUGUUUGAAAAUGUCCUGCCCGGCGUGGAAGGAGAUGAGACCUAUAACCUUCAACUAAUUAAAGCUUUAGACAUUAAUCAAGUCUGCGUGGCUCCCAUUUAUUCUUAUUUUACAAAGGAUGUAUUCACGUGGUUGA